GUGGAUGAUCUGCAAUGGCGGCUAAAUGGGGAGAGUUUAAACUUUGCGUUUUAAUCUCGUUAUGUACAGUAGUCUUUCCACAUAUUUGGACGGAUGCCGCAACAAUAAAGUGGGAUGAAAAUGGAUACAUUCUGUAUUGUCCAUGCAUGGGCCGAUUCGGCAAUCAGGCGGACCACUUUCUAGGGUCGUUGGCCUUUGCUAAACUGCUGAAUCGAACGCUCGCGGUCCCCCCCUGGAUUGUUUACCGACAUCACGCGCCGCCAUACACUAAUGUCCAUGUCCCGUACAGGGAGUUCUUCCAGCUGGAGCCUCUGAGUCUAUACCACAGAGUGGUGAGCUUGGAGGACUUCAUGGAGAAGCUGGCGCCCAAACACUGGCCUCCGGGCCAAAGGAUGGCAUACUGCUUUGAGUCGGCCGCCCAAAGGAGCCCUGACCAGAAGACUUGCCCCAUGAAGGAUGGGAAUCCUUUUGGCCCGUUCUGGGAUCACAUUGGUGUAGAGUUUGACAAGUCUGUGCUAUUUGGUGGCCUGUCCUUCGGUGCUUAUUUUCAGCCUCAUUGGAUAAAAAGGUUCCCUCCUUCGGAGCAUCCCGUGCUGGCCUUGCCGGGAGCUCCUGCCCAGUUCCCUGUCCUGGAGGAGCACGUUGGCCUUCAGAAAUAUGUGGUGUGGUCAGACCGCCUGGUGCAGGAGGGAGAGGGGCUCAUGUCUGCUCACCUAACCAGACCCUAUGUGGGCAUCCACCUCAGGAUUGGCUCUGACUGGCAAAAUGCCUGCAAGCUGCUGCAGAAUGGAGAAGCUGGACCACACUUCAUGGCUUCUCCACAGUGUGUAGGUUACGACCGACAGACCGCUCUGCCCCUCACCAUGACCAUGUGUCUGCCGGACCUGGCAGAGAUCCGACGAGCUCUCAAACUCUGGGUCAAGAAGACCUCUGCUCAGUCCAUCUACAUAGCAACCGACAGCGAGUCCUACAGUUCAGAGAUCCACAAGACCUUCAAGUCUAAUGUGAAGGUAGUCAGUCUGCGUCCAGACACAGCACAAGUAGACCUCUACAUCCUGAGUCAAGCAGACCACUUCAUUGGAAACUGUGUGUCCUCGUUCUCUGCCUUUGUGAAACGAGAUAGGGACAUCCAUGGCCGCCCUUCCUCAUUCUUUGGCAUGGACUACCCAGAGAGAAGAAGAAAGAAUGAUGAAUUGUGAAUAUUCACACAUUUCCAAAAGCAAUAAAGACUCUUUUGCAUAGAAUAGGCCUGCAUACCAUAUGAAGAAUACCAAGGAGAGUUAUUUAGCUAUAGAUCUUUGAUAUAACAAGAUAAUGGACUUGAUUGCCAUUUAUAUAUUUUUUAUUAGGAAUAAUGUGAAAAGGGAGGACAAAUAUCAGCAAACACUGUUUUCCCAUCUCAGCAGCAUGUUAGGUGUCCUCCUAAUCAAGUUUUUGCACAGCCAGGAUCUUUGCACGCAUCUCAGUAUUUAUCUCCAGCUCAGCUGAUAAUCUCUUACGUUCCCUUUAUUAUGACUAUUUAGGUUGUUAAAAGAGUUUACUGCAGACUGUCUGAGCUACAGAUUUUUGCUGCAUGCAUAGGCAGUUACAGUAUUUUCAGAUGAUUCUAUUGAACCUGACACAUUGUGUUUGUUUGUUUGUUUGUUUUUCUGUUGUUGUUACUACUCUGUUGUUGUCAAUUAUGUUUAUCCUGGAAGCCUAAUAUGGUGGAAAAGAACCCUUUGAUGCAGAAGGCCAUGGAUGGGGGUGUUUAGGGGGUUGGGUGAAGGUAUGAGGGAUGCACUUUCUCCUUAGCAGUGGAAUCUGAGCCACUGGGGAGAAGGGUAACUGAUCCUCCAGACCCUAAUUAUAGAGCUUGAUGCUGCU